UUUUUCUUUUUAUUUUUUUAUAAGUAAUAAAGUGAAAAUAAAAAAUGGCCUUUCUAAUUCUCAAUUAGACCGUCUAAUCCUUCGCAGCCACAAAACUUCAAAGCUCACAGUGCCUUCUGCUUCUCUAUUCCCGUCCUCUGCGUCAAAAGCCAUUUGGUUUUUGGUGCUAGCAGAUUCUUCAGUUUCUUGGAUCAUUCUCUUCGGUUAAGAUGGAAGGGAAACAGACCCAGAAAAUCGAACACAAGCAUGAGGAUUUUAAUGACGAAGAAGAAAGCCACAGUGCCGAUAUGUCUCCUUCUGAGACGAAGUCAAUGGUGGAAGGGGCGGAGUCACAUUUUCCAGAACCAGUGCCGCCGUCGCCGCCUGCGGCACCGUUGAAAGAAGAGUUUACGGAGACAGAGCAGAGCCCGGACAAGUCUCUUCCUAUGCCGCUAACGAUGUCAACGCCGGGGAGAAACGCGGUGGUGCCAGCCAAGAAACCUUCAAAGGACCGCCACACAAAAGUGGAAGGGCGUGGCAGGAGAAUCCGAAUGCCGGCCACUUGUGCGGCCAGGAUCUUCCAGCUCACGCGAGAGCUCGGCCACAAGUCAGACGGAGAGACCAUCCGUUGGUUGCUCGAGCACGCUGAACAGGCUAUAAUAGAAGCCACCGGCACGGGAACCAUCCCCGCAAUCGCCGUCUCCGUUGGUGGAACCCUAAAGAUCCCAACCUCCUCCCCCGCGAGACCGGAUGGACAAGAAACCCCAAGAAAACGAAGACGACGGGCAUCGAAUAGUGACUUCGUUGACGUGAACGAUCCAACGACUAUCUCCUCAGGGCUAGCUCCUGUUGCUCCAAUUUCAUACGGAACAGUUGGUGCAUCCGGAGGCGGUGUUGGUCCGGGAGGACUUGUGCCCUUGUGGCCAGUGGGUGGGACCAACGCGUCGGGACCCUUCUUGAUGUUCCCAAAUACUGCUGGUUCAGCAAAUCAACCACAAUACUGGGCGAUUCCGGCCAGUGCGACGCCGUUUUUCAAUGUCCAAGCGAGACCCGUUUCGAACUUCGUCUCUGCGAUGAUGCAUCCCAGUGAACAAUUAGGGCCUUCUUCAGGUCCCAUAAACGUUUCAAAUGGUACUUCGUUUCGGGUUGCGAACUCUUCGUCGACGAUGGCUCCUAGCUUGAGCUCAGGAACGAGUCCGACUGUUAGUGCUCCUCCAGCUACUACGACGACGUCGGCGACUCAGAUGCUCAGGGAUUUCUCUCUGGAAAUUUACGACAAGAAAGAACUGCAGUUUUUGGGUCAAUCUGCGAAUUCUGAACCGCCGAGUUCAGAGCCUUGAAAUUUGAAGUUUUUGCAUUUUUAGAUGAAAAAGGCUAGAGAUUUUUUUUAAUUUAAAAAAAUGCAAGGCAGAAAAAGGGAAAAAAAAGAAAAAGACCCACUGCAGUUUUAGAUUUCUGGGUUUUGUACCUUUAGUUGAUUUUAGCUAGCAAUAUAAUUUUAAAAUUCUAAUUUGUAAUGCUUAA